AUGGUCAUAUCUCACGGCAGCAGUGAGGCGAGGCCGACCUCUGUGGACUCAACGAACAAUCUCGCCGCCAAGUAUGGCUGGAAGAACACAAACGAGGCAGGUUACACCAUCAACGAAGUUCCUUCGGGGACGUUGCGUUCCGUCAAAAUAAUAUGUCUUGGUGCCGGCGCUUCGGGGAUCAAUCUAGCGAAGCUUGUCCAAGAUCAAAUGCAAAACGUGGAACUGCAAAUUUACGACAAGAACGCCGAUGUUGGAGGCACCUGGUUGGAAAAUCGCUAUCCGGGCUGUGCCUGUGACAUACCUUCUGCUAGCUACCAAUUCACUUGGGAGCCUCAUAUCUGGUCCCAGUACUACUCAGAGAGUCCAGAGAUCUUUGACUACUUCAAAGGUAUAGUCGUCAAGUAUGGGCUCGAAAAGUAUAUCAAGCUCCGGCACCGUGUGGACCACGCGGAAUGGGACGACGAUGAAGGUCAAUGGCACAUUACACUUACAGACUUGGACUCUGGAAAUCAAUUCACAGAGUCAUGUGACAUCUUCAUCAAUGCCGGCGGUCCCCUGAACUACUGGGAAUGGCCUAAGAUCCCUGGCCUCAACGUCUUCAAAGGAGUGCUUGCCCACUCUGCAGCCUAUCCAGAGGGACUUGACUUGAAUGGCAAGCGAGUCGCCGUCGUAGGCAUUGGGUCCAGCGGAGUCCAAAUCAUCGCCAAAAUCCAGUCUCAGGUGGAGAAGCUUUACACGUGGAUCAGUACACCCACGUGGAUGACUCCGUCAUUUGCCUCAAAAUACUCUGGUCCGGGGGGGCUUAAUUUCAAGUACUCCGAGGAGCAGAAGAAGAGGUUCAGGGAAGAGCCGGACUACUAUCUCAAGUACUGCAAGAUGGUCGAGACACAGCUGCAAGAAGGGUUUCUUGCAUUCCACCACAACACUCCUGAAGCAAAAGCAUUGGAGAAGAUGGCAAGGCAAGAAAUGAUGGAGAAACUGAAGGGCCGGGACGACCUCAUCGAGAAGCUCAUUCCCAAAGAUUUCCCCGUUGGUUGCAAGCGGCCCACCCCUGGAAACGGGUUCCUGGAAGCCCUCGUUUCUCCUAACGUGACGACCUUCACGAAAGCGCUGGAAAAAAUCACCGAGCAAGGGUUCCUCGAUCCCGAGGGGAACGAACACGAGGUCGACGUGAUCAUUCUGGCCACGGGCUUCAACACUACGUGGGUUCCUCGAUUCCCCAUCAUAGCCAACGGGUACAACCUGCAAGACCAGUACCGCAAGAACCCAAUUUCGUACCUCGGGCUCUCGGCGCCCUUCAUGCCCAACUACUUCACAUUCUACGGGCCUUACGGGCCCCUGGGCCAAGGCAGUGCGCUGUGCAUGAUCGAGAAAAUGGCCGAUUACUUCGCCCAAAUGAUCAAGAAGCUCCAGCUCGAGAACAUCAAGAGCUACACCCCGAAAAUGCAGGUUGCGCUGGACUAUCAGGAGCAUACCGACCUAUACCACAACCGGACCGUGUGGUCGGGCAACUGUCGCAGCUGGUUCAAAGGCGGCAAGUUGGGUGGCAAGAUCAUGCUGCAUCCCGGGACGAGGACCCAAUACAUGGAGCUCAUCGCGACGCCUCGGUAUGAGGACUACGAGAUCCAGUACCGUAAUCGAAAUGUCUGGUACUGGCUUGGAAACGGGUUCUCGACACGGGAUUUGGACGGCAGAGAUCUGACGUGGUAUUUGGGAUUGGUCGAUGGUAAAGACGAGCAGCAAUAUUUUGAUGUUUGA